AUGAGUUCAACAAAUUGCAGAUUCUAUGAAAACAAGUACCCAGAAGUUGACGAAGUUGUCAUGGUCAACGUUCAAGAAAUUGCAGAAAUGGGUGCCUACGUCAAGUUGUUAGAAUAUGACAACAUUGAAGGUAUGGUCUUGUUGUCUGAAUUAUCUAGAAGACGUAUUCGUUCUAUCCAAAAAUUGAUUCGUGUUGGUAAGAACGAAGUUGCCGUUGUAUUGAGAGUUGAUAAAGAAAAGGGUUAUAUCGAUUUGUCCAAGAGAAGAGUUUCUGCUGAAGAUAUCGUCAAGUGUGACGAAAGAUACAAUAAAUCAAAGGCUGUUCAUUCAAUCUUGAGACACUGUGCCGAAAAAUUCAACGUUUCAUUGGAAAACUUAUAUGAAACUAUUGGUUGGCCAUUAAGUAGACAAUAUGGUCAUGCUUAUGACGCAUUCAAGUUAUCCAUCACUGAACCUUCCAUCUUUGAUGAUAUUAAAGCUCCUUCAGAUGAUAUAUUAGACGAAUUAAAAUUAUACAUUUCCAGAAGAUUAACUCCACAAGCCAUCAAUAUAAGAGCUGAUGUCGAAGUUUCUUGUUUCACCUAUGCCGGUAUAGAUGCUAUUAAGGAAGCUUUAAGAGCUGCUGAAUCCGUUUCUACUCCACAAAUGCAAGUCAAAGCUAAAUUGGUUGCUGCUCCAUUAUAUUUCCUUUCUGUUCAAGCUUUGGAUAAAAAACAAGGUAUUCAAAUCUUAGAAGACGCUAUCGCCAAAAUCACUGAAUCUAUUGAAUCUAACGGUGGUAACUGUAAAAUUAACAUGGCUCCAAAAGCUGUCACUGCUACUGAUGAUGCUGAAUUGGAACGUUUGUUGGAAAGAAGAGAAGCUGAUGAUAAAGAUUCAUCUGACGAAGAUGAAGAUGAUAACUAA